AUGAGUUCAAAAGUAUUACCACCAGCUAAUGGCAAAAAAUUAUGGAGAGUUAAAAAAACCCAACCAUCUCGUCAUAGCAGUAUAUCCUCAUCUUCUACAACAUCACAUCAAUCUAAUGCAUCACUAAACUCAAUCCAAACCUCAAUGGAAUGUUUGAACAAUUCAUUGAGAAUUGCUGCUGCUGCUUCAAAAUUCACUAUUAAAAGACCUCCUUUAAGAAGACCAAAAAAUAAACCUGGUAAACCAAAGGAUUUUGUUUUUGUUGAUUUAUCUCCUGUUCAAUCCGAAGAUACCACUAAUGAUAAUGAAGAAAAGAAACCAAAACAAAUGAGUACUCCUGCUAGUUCAAGAAGAUCAAGUAGUAUUUCAAGUAUUGCUAGUGUUACUAGUGCAAAGAGUGAACCACCUUCUACACCAAUGACUGCUAAUACUUCAAUGAAUAGUAUUAAUGAUUUACCAUUACCUGUUCUUUCUGGUUGUGGAAAUUCUCCUGCCGUGACUACUACUACUACUGCUUGUGGUGCUCCAAUUCAACCAUACCCAUUAUCUAACAACAAUGAAGGAUUUGGAUUGCCUUCACCAGUUGAAUCUUUAGAUGAUUUCUUGAUCAGUGAGUUUGAUUUAUGGGACAACAAUUGGGACUCAAUGAUCCCACCUCAACAACAACAACCACAACAACAAACUCAACCAGAACCACAACCACAACAAUCAUUUCAAGAAUUUUUAGAUAUUGUACUGAUUGUUCAACAACAACAAGAACAAAUUCAACAAUUACAACAACAAUUACAACAAAUUACAACAAUUCCAUCAAGCACAACAAACAACCCAACAAUGUCUACAAACAAAUUCAUAGAUUUUUCUUUCUAG